GCCCGCGAGGCGGAGGAAGACGGCAGCCUCGGCGCCGCGCUCGGCGAGCUCAGGGCGGACGCCGCCCUGGCGGGCGCCGCCCAGGCACCGAGCGAGGACGUGGCUCAGGACGCGGCCGUUGUCGGCGCGCCUUCCAGGGCGCCCACUCGGACGUCAUCCCUCCAGGUCGCCCACGACCUCGCGCAGGAGGUGAGCCGCGUCGCCGUCGAGGAGGUGAUGCUGUCGAUCCGGGGGGAGAAUCCCAUGCUCGCCUCUCCGAGGACCAGCCCAGCCAGCCCCCUCGGCGGCGACGACUACGCCGCCGACGCCGACGCAGGUGAGUCUUGAAAGACAACUUCCGCCACGGAGGUCGAUGUCCUUUCUGCUGUGUGCGCCUCCACUCUGCUGCGUGCGCUUCCACUCUAGCUGCGUGCGCCUUCGCCGAGGCAGGGGCUUUGUCCCUCAGGACUUGUUCGUACGCCAGAUGAGGCAGAGAUGGGGGACAGCCGUGACCCUCAAGGGCGUGGCUGCUUGUAGGGGAGCAGUGGCUGAGGGAGG